AGCUUCUCUUAUAUAGUGACAUUCAGUGUUGGUUCUUCCGCCUGGUUACAUGCAUUUACACUUGUUUGACUGCAGUUCACAUUAUUAAUGGCGUGUCCUGUAAAUCACACAGCAGAGCUGAACCCAGCCCUGCUCCCUCUAGACUGGCUUCUGGGCACCUGGGAGUCAGAUGAGCCUGGGGAGGGCUGCUUUCCCACCAUAAAUCCUUUCCGUUACACAGAGACACUGCACUUCAGUCAUGUGGGACAACCAGUUAUCAACUUCAUGUUCAAUGCCUUCCAUGCAGAGUCUAAAAAGCCUCUGCACAGGGAGUGUGGUUUCAUUCGAAUGCAGCCGGGAACCAACAAAGUGGCAUUCAUCAUCGCACAAAACUCAGGUCUGGUGGAGAUUGAGGAGGGGGAGCUGACAGGUCAGCAGCUGAACCUGCAGACACACGCUCUGGCCAGAAUUUCUUUUGCCAAGGAGCCACACGUACAGCAGAUUUCCAGAGUGUUUCAGCUCCGACCGGAUGGAAGGCUGGAGCAGACAGUUUCCAUGGCAACAGACAACCAGCCUCUGAUGCAGCACUUGCACAUCACCUACCGUCGGUCAUCGUGACCCAACAAGCAGACAGGGCUUCUUAUACAUAGAAAUACCUUAGUCUGGAAUGACAAAUGUUUCUAAAAAAAAAUACAGGCUCAGUCAAUAUUCACAGCUGAGUCAGAUAAACCAUAUAAACAAGUCUACUGUUACACAAUUAUAUAAUUCUGUAAUGUGGUACGGGUACGUGGAAUGUGGUAAAGGAGUUAUGGUGUCAGAUCAGCGUACCUGUUAAAUUAAAAUAAUUCAACUUAAACCUAACCAUCAAUGGUAAAUUUACAUUACAUACAGGAUUAACAGGGCAUUGAUGAAGCCCUACAGUGGGGUUAAUGUUACAGUCAAAUUCAAAAAUCAUAUAAACAAAUAUAUUGUUGCAUUUCCAUUAAGUUGUUACACUUAACAGCCUCACUUGUGAGCCAUUAUCAUACUCAGAGAAUUGGUGCUUGUGUAAUGUUUUUUUUAUUGUCCAAACGUUUGAUAUUUGAGCUAUAAAACACUGAUGAUAUAUAUUCAGUACAUUGUCCUUUUAUCCUCAUUGCACUAUUAAAAGCUAAAGUAACUGAUGUCCUCCUGGAGUCAACACACUGUGUUCUGAGUGUCGUUUUGUUUUUUACCAUGAGAUUAAUAGAUACGAAGAUUUAUUUGUAGACUGGAUGGCAUUGAAUUUAAAGUUAUGGUCUCAGCUAGUAAAUAUAACCGUUUAAGAGAGUUUCAUGUGUGUCAUGGUAUUCAAGUUAUGUCUUUAAGUGGACAGAUUCUGCAGCAUAGCUGUUCCGAUACUGACUACAUUAAAAUAUCACAAUAUUGUCACACAUUAUUUGUACUUAUUAUUAAUAAAUUAUGUUCUUACAUCUU